UCGCGCGCGCUCAGGGCGGGUCGUGUGACGUCACGCGCGCCAUCAGCAGAUCAGACACCUCGGCGAGCCAUAACGGAUAUCACUGCACUUCAAAAAUCCAAAUAAAACCGUAAUUUGAAGAGGAAUAACGGGUGAAAAUCACGAGCGAAAUGUCUGUGGCGGGUUUCAAGAAGCAGUUUCAUAAAGCGACACAGAAAGUCAGUGAGAAGGUUGGAGGAGCUGAAGGCACCAAACUGGACGAUGACUUUAAAGAGAUGGAGAAGAAAGUGGAUACAACCAGCAGAGCUGUGCUGGACAUCAUGACCAAAACCACAGAAUACCUGCAGCCCAAUCCUGCGUCUAGGGCAAAGUUGACUAUGAUAAACACAAUGUCUAAGAUCAGAGGUCAGGAGAAAGGUCCGGGUUAUCCUCAGGCUGAGACGGUGCUGGCAGAAGCCAUGCAAAGGUUUGGCCGUGAGCUCGGAGAGGAGUCCGGCUUUGGUUUGGCUCUGUUAGAUGCUGGUGAAGCUAUGCGUGAGCUUGGAGAAGUGAAAGAUGCUUUAGAUAUUACUGUCAAACAGAACUUUAUAGACCCACUACAAAACCUUCAUGACAAAGACCUCAAAGAGAUACAGCAUCACCUGAAGAAGAUGGAAGGACGACGUUUGGAUUUUGAUUAUAAGAAGAAGCGACAAGGGAAAGUUACUGACGAUGAGAUCAAACAAGCUCUGGAGAAAUUUGAUGAGUCGAAAGAGAUCGCAGAACUGAGCAUGUUUAACCUGCUGGAGAAUGAUAUCGAGCAGGUGACUCAGCUGUCAGCUCUGGUUCAAGCUCAGGUUGAGUAUCAUCAACAGGCCGCUGAGAUCCUUCAACAGCUCUCCAGCAAAAUGGAAGAGAGGAUAAAGGAGACGUCCAAUAAACCACGCAAGGAGUUCAUCCCUAAACCCCGUAUGGAGCUACAGCUGCCCACUGAGAACUACAACGGAGGUUUAAAAUCACCUGCACGCUCACCAGCUCCGUUAGAUCAGCCGUGCUGUCGCGCGCUCUAUGAUUUUGAACCAGAGAACGAGGGAGAGCUUGGCUUUAAAGAGGGUGACAUCAUAACGCUGACCAAUCAAAUUGACGAUAACUGGUACGAGGGGAUGAUCCACGGCCAAUCGGGAUUCUUUCCCAUCAAUUAUGUGGACAUCCUGGUGCCUCUGCCACAUUAGUCUAACAUCCCAGCGGCCAUCUUUAUUGUGCAUCUGUGCUACAGCUUAACUUCCUGUGACUCUGAGGAUGAUGAUAGACAUUACAGAGUCACACUUGAGUGAAGAAACCGUCCAAGUGCUCCGUGUGUCUGACUGUUCCUCAACUUAUGGUUUCAAUGUUAUUUAUAUGUCAGAUUUAUAAUGUAUAGUUUUCUCUUGUGGUCCUUCAUCUGUGUUCUCCUGCACGGGUAUCUGCCUGUCUUUAAACAUCCUCAUUUCUUUUGUGUUUAUUGCUAGGACCUGCAUGAAUGCUGACUAGUCAUUCAGAAACUACACUAGCUGUCAAUGGUUGGCAUACACAACUCAUUUCAACACUUGAAUCAAAGAUAAAGUGUCUGCACAAUCCCUUCAAUGUUCAUCUAACAAUACUUUCAGUCCACAGGUUUCUGCUGAUCAUGUAUCAUUGGUUUUAAAUAGAGCUGUAUGUCAACCCAAAACCUCUUCUGAUUGGCUGUAAUUUAGUUGUGAGUGCAGGUGAACCCAAGUGUUGUUUAAUCAGUCUUUAUUAAUGAAAUGUGAAAAUGCAAUAAGGAUAUUAGAUGUACAUGAUGUGAACAUCCUGCUAAGAGCUGGUAGCUGGUGGGUCAGCUGAUUUUCCAGUGUGACCAGCUUAAAAAUGACCAAAAACGCAGAACCUUCCAAAACCAGGUUCUACCAAGCUGGGACACCAGGCUAAAACCAGCUCACCAGCUUAUGCUGGUUUUUCAGUAGGGCAGAGUAAAGAUCCUUUGGCUCGGUCUGAGUUCUGGAUCAGCUGGAAACCACAAACUUCAUUUUUAUGAAAAUUGAUUUAAAUCGUAAUAAAAUCUUAUGCUGCGUACACACCAAACGUGAGGCAUCACAUUCCUCGCCCUAGAUUACUUGUGGUAUUUAACUUGCGCAAAUAUUUUAAAUAACGCGUUUUUCGUCCAAUCGCGCCACCGUCUAUUCGCGUCUUCGCAUUGACUUUGUUUGUAAUCUACUCGCGCAAAUGAUUGAAUUCGCGUUUGGUGUGUACGCUUUUGCUUAAACAGAAUUAAGUCAUAUUUUUGAAAUACUGCCAAGAUUGUGUUAAUGAUGCUGUGGUUAGUGAUGUAUGUGAACGUGUGAUUGACGACGCUCAUAAUACAGUAUGCGACUAUAAAACUAGUUAGUGUUGUAGGUUUAGUUGUUAGUGGUGUGAUGUUUGUAAGCGCACUUCAUAUAAUCUAACAGGCAGAGGUGCAGCGGUCAGUUGUUGUUGUUGUUGUGUUUAUUCACAAGCACAGUUCUCAAUAAAACACCUUCAGUGCGUUCGGCGUGACCUCUGACCUUUGACCAGUUUGUUUUGUGCACGGUCACUGACACAGAUGUGAGAGAGACUUUUAUAUUUUUGUUCAACACAGAUAGAAACUGAACUGAAUCAUCUUCAUUAUGAUCUGAAGUUUUCACUCCAAACUCAGAUGAAAUUAUAUUUUGUAUAAAGGAAAUACGGCGUGUGUCCAUUGCUUUAUAUGACCUGACUGUCAUGAGAAUUUGGCACAUUUAUAGUUAUUUAUUAGAAAGGUGCAGUAUUAUUCAUAUUGAUAGUAUUAUUAUACAGAUUCCCUUUGAUGGUUCCUGUCAAAUAUUGGGCAAUAAUUCUCAUCACAGAUCUAUAUUACUCUAUAUGUGUGUGUUUUAAUGUAAAACUCAAAUAUUUCAAAAACAACCUGGCAGUUUUCUGAGUAAAAUAACCCUGAAGUGAUUGUGUGUUAUAGAGAUACAUCAGGACUCGAUUAUAAAUGUUUUGCACGAUUUUAAGGUGGAUGUAUUGUUGAUGUUAUUCACACUACACAGCUUCACCUUUAUCAAUCUCUUUAUUUUUGUGUUUGUUUACCAUUUUGUUUGUCAAUGUAUUUAUUUAUUUUAGUUGCUGUUUUUCUCGUGCUGAACUUCAAACAUCUGUAUAGCUUGAUGUGAGAAUAAUGAAAAUAAACAAAAUAUCACACU